GUUUUGGCCGGAAAGAGGGUUUGGCCGCAUUUACCAGAAAAUAAGCACGUGUUUGCGAGUGAUGAUCUGGAACAAUACGGUGGAAUCCAGUGUUACACUACCAGAGAUUGUUAUGACAGCCUACACAGAAAAAGUGUGGGGCAUGAAAAGUUGGACAAGGUUGCAGUAGAGAUUCAGUAUAACAUGGCCCCGAACCUUUUGCAGGGGCAGGAUGUCACUGAGACAUGUCCACGUUUUCCUGAUGAAAUAUACUGCCAUGUCCAUGAUCCUGACAAGCCAAAAGAGAUCAUAAGCCAGGAGGAAGCUGACAGAAGGCGUAUUGAGGAGUUUCUCAAACAACUUCUCCUCCCUAAAAAGGCCACAAUGAAGGCAAAGAUCCCUGAGGGGCUUUUAGAAGAAGACUUUCCUCCUCUUCCACUUGCUGGCUCGCCAUGGGUGGACAGGCCACCUCAGCAUGCCUUCCUCAGCAAAAAUGGCUCCUAUAAAGCAUCCCUCUUAAAACCAGCCAUCCAACUAACUGGUGGCAAGCCACACAGGAUCCAAAUACUAAACCCAAAAAAUCUUUCAAGGUCCAAGCCUCUUGCCUUGACCAGGCCAACCAAAAAGAUAGAAAUAAAAACAGUUCAGGGCUCCAUUGUCCAACUCAGAUCAUUCAAAACAGGAAGUGUCUUAGAAGAAUCAAAUGUGUGCAGAGAAAAAUGUAUGCUGGAAGGACAGAGUAGCUCAUUGGCAAGCUGUCCUCAUCCACCAGUGUCUGUGCAGUUCCAUACAGGAGAAGUGCAGAUGACACCCAUUGAUCGCACUUUUAAAGGUGGAGACGUGGAGCUGGGCAGGAGUGCAUAUGGUGGUGCCCACACGGCACAGAACUGGGCUGGCAGCACUAUUGGGAGCAUGAGGAAUGCAGCUGGGCCUGCUGACAAUGCCAACUCCCAUAUCUACCAUGAAGAUGCCACUGUUGCUAAGAAAAAGGCCACAGGUUCAGGCCCUGACAUGCCAAUCCCAGAGCAUAUGGAUAGGAUCCAGACUUGGCCAUGGCAGUGUGGGAUGGUUGAAUGGCAGAAUAAAGGAAAAUGUGCCCAACAAAGUGCUCCAUUCCCUCAGGGCACUGGUCAUGUCCAACCUGCCCCUCGAAGCCCUUGGUCAAUUACAGCCAACUGUUCCCUGUUCAACUUCCCUGUGCUUGAGAAAGGCUAGACCGAAAAAAAAUUAACCCAGCGGGGGCUGCCUCCAGUAUGGAUGAUGAUCCAUUCUCAGAACUGGUACGUCAGCUAAGAGCAGCUCUCCAACACACUCCCGACCUUGCACAGCAAGCCCCACCUCCCACACCUGUUGCACCGGAGCCCACUCUGUCUCCAUCUUAUGCCAGUCCCAUGGUCAAUCUCGCUCCAUACACCGGAUCAAUGGGGGAUUGUAGCGGCUUCAUCUUACAGUGCCAGCUCAUUCUUGAAAUGCAGUUUCAGCAUUUCCCCACCGAGCACUCGAGGAUCACCUACAUGACCGGGAGAGCUCUCCAAUGGGUACAAACCAUCUGG